AUGGCUGAAUUUGGAGAGAUCCUGCGUAACAUCGGAGAAUUUGGAAAAUUUCAGAAGAUCACCCUUUUUGCUCUUUGCUUCCCAAAUCUCAUUCUGCCUUUUCACUUUGCCAACCUAUUUUUCAUCCAGUCAGAUCCAGAGCGGCACUGUAACACAGACUGGAUCCUCAAGGCUGAUCCUAACCUGACCACACAUGAGCAGUUGAACCUGACUCUGCCUCGGGAGGAGGAUGGGACCUUCAGCAGGUGUCGGAUGUUUGUGCCUGUGGAUUGGGACAUCAGUGACAUCAGGGAGUAUGGACUCAAUGAAACCACAGGGUGCCAGAAUGGAUGGGUGUACGGCAACAUGAUAUAUGAGGCCACUGUAGUAACUGAUUUUGAUCUAGUUUGUGACCAGGCUAAUAUGGUAGAAGUGGCGCAAGCAGUGUUGAUGGCUGGCAUUCUUGUUGGGUGUCUCGUAUUUGGACCUUUUGCUGAAUCGUUUGGUCGUAAACGGGCAGCUCAGAUGCCAGUCAUUGUGAUGCUCAUAUUUACUGUAACAACUGGAAUAUGUCCAAACUUCCCCUUGUAUUUGGUAUCCCAGUUUAUAUUGGGCAUUGGCUAUGGAGGUUAUCGACUUAAUGGCGUCAUAUUAGCCACUGAAUGGAUUGGGGUGUCCAAAAGAUCAUGGGGAUCAUGUGUGACUCAACUGUUUGGUGCAGUUGGACAGUGCAUCCUUGCUGGUUUGAUGUACUUCGUCAGAGACUGGAGACUGGCUCAGCUAAUCACAGCAGCUCCAAUUGCAGUGAUUGCUAUUUACAUAUGGUUUAUUCCAGAGUCGGCCAGGUGGUUAUUGGACAGAGGGAGGACAGAAGAGGCUAAACAGCUGCUUGUAAAGGUGGCAGCCAUUAACAAACGUACUGUUCCAGACCAUCUGCUGGAAAAGAUUGUUGUCAAAGAAACUGAGAAAAAGGGAGGCAUAAUAAUUCUUAUCCAAUCACCUCUGCUUAGGAAGUAUUUCUUUACCAUAAUAUUCGCAUGGUUCUCACUGAAUGUUACCUACUACUGCCUUUCAUUCAAUGUGGGAAAUUUUGGCUUGGACAUCUUCCUGACACAGCUCAUGUUUGGUCUGACUGAACUACCAGCUCAUAUACUUUGCAUCUGGUUGUUAGAAGCAGUAGGGAGAAAAAUAUCCCUCAUGGCAACACUUCUAAGUGGAGGAUUCUUGUGCAUCUUAAUCCUAGCUUUUCCUCAAGAUAAUGCUGUUGCUAUUACCGUACUGGCAACCUCAGGACGUUUUUUCAUUAACUGGGCCGGAUCCAUAUGUAGUGUUUAUGUUCAGGAGCUGUUCCCGACAUCUUUCCGACAAACUGCCUCUGGUUUGGGCUCCAUUGCGAGCAGAGCUGGUGGGUUGCUGUCUCCACUGCUCAACAUGUUGGCCGUGUACCACUGGUCCAUACCCAUCGUAGUCUUCAGCAGCCUUACACUGAUUAGUGGAGGUCUUGGCUUCCUGCUUCCCGAAACCAGGAGAAGAGAGCUCCCUGAUUCAACCGAUGAGGCCGAGAGCAUCAGAAAUAAGAGCACCAUGAAGAAACAAAGAGGAUCAAAACUCCAUCCACACAGCAAAUCAACCAAACUGUAGUCUGACUAAUCCUAUUAUUGAUUUUUCUGCUCCACUAUCAGCAGUGAUUCAGGAUGGUAUUGUAGAUUGAUCAGUUGGUCUGUGUGCCCACUUUCCAGGAAAAGAUACUAAAAAACUACUAUCCAUAUUUGAAAUUUGCUGAGAAUAAUUUGGACACUCCCCGUGAGCUCUCCUCUAGCUUUAGGCUGAAAUUUCCACAUGCUUAAAAUAUUUAACAUUGUAAUUGGAAGACUACCAUAAAACUUACUAAGUAAAUUCAAAUAACCACUUUAGACAAUCAGUGAGUUUUAUUGUACUACAGCCCUAAUACCAAAGCGACAAGAUAACUUUCAAGAUCUAAUGAGUACAGUUGUUAAAAUUACUGACUUCAUCUGUGUUCUCAUGAGGACAAACCCUCCAUGACGCUUCUGCCACCCUCAGGAAAAUGUUAAGAAUAGCAGUCAUAAUCAGCCUGUUGAGGGUAUGCAUAUGCUGUCACUGUGACUGACAAACAGUAACCAGUAUCAUUAUUAUUGCCAUUGUGUAUUCACAUGGGAAGAGAGCAUGUUAAACACAGCAAAUAGUUGAAACACCCUGUUGCAUGCUGUCUCACUGUCACAUUAGCAUGACUCAUAUGGUCACUUGAAUAGAGCAGAGCCAUUGUUAAUUUUAUUAGUAAAACCAGUUCUUCUAUACUUCUAUAUAUGUUGUUUUUGUUUGUCCAAUGACAAGCAAUCAGUAAUCAAAAUGUUUAAUUUGUUUAAACAAUUGAUUAAUUGACUAAUCUUGUACUGAUUGUAUUGCUUCCACAGUCAUUAUGCAGUGGCGCUCUUGGCUGACGUACAUUCAACCUGUGCACUGUUUGUUUUUGUUUUUUUAAAUAACAUUUUAUUGGUGAGAAAUGGCCUGGACAUCUCACAUGAAUGACCUCCUCAUUUUCUUAUUUACACCAUGUAAUGUACUGACAUAGAACAGUUUUUAUUGUUUCACUCUAAGUAGUUAUGUUAUGUCAUGCUUAUUUUUUUGUUUUACCUUGAACUAACACAGUAGUGUGAUACAUAAAUUAUGAACUGUUAAUAGUUAUCUGAGAUCAACUUUCAACUGAAAUAUGAUCUAGUUCUCAAUAAAUAGAUGACAGACAUGGACAUUGUCUCUUGAAAAACAUACUGUGUUUGAUUAUUAAAAAACAAACCAAAUGCUGUUACCUCCAUUGUGUAGGGCUGGUAGCAGAAGCAAAUUAAACAGAAAGUAUCAUUUCAAAUGUGCUUGUGAUGAUGGUGAUAUUUACUUUUUAAAUGAUUAUUGCAUGACAGGCACAAGGUAAAGCUAAAAGAUGACAUGGAUACAAUGAAAACCUGGAAUGGAUCCCCUCCCAACAGUUUGUGGCCAGCAUUAUUUGAAAUGUAUGUUUCAUACACACAGCGUAUAUUGUUCUUUGAUGUCUUUGUGUAUUAAGCUGCUGGACCCUAAAUUUCCCCAAGGGGA